AGUCACGUGAGCGCGAAUCCUGAGUGGGAGGGGGUUGGCCGAGGGGUCCGGGGUGCCAGUAAAGGAGAAAGAUGGCGGGGUGCAGGGGGUCCCUGUGCUGCUGCUGCAGGUGGUGCUGCUGCUGCGGCGACCGCGAGACCCGCACCCCCGAGGAGCUGACCAUCCUUGGAGAAACCCAGGAGGAAGAGGAUGAAAUUCUUCCAAGAAAAGACUAUGAGAGUUUGGACUAUGACCGCUGUAUCAAUGACCCUUACCUGGAAGUUUUGGAGACCAUGGAUAACAAGAAAGGCCGGAGGUAUGAGGCAGUGAAGUGGAUGAUGGUGUUUGCCAUUGGCGUCUGCACUGGGCUGGUGGGUCUCUUUGUGGACUUCUUUGUGCGCCUCUUCACCCAGAUCAAGUUUGGAGUGGUGCAAGCCUCGGUGGAAGAAUGUAGCCAGAAAGGCUGCCUUGCCUUGUCCCUCCUUGAACUCUUGGGUUUCAACUUGACCUUUGUCUUCUUGGCAAGCCUUCUGGUCCUCAUUGAGCCCGUGGCGGCGGGUUCCGGGAUCCCUGAGAUCAAGUGCUAUCUGAACGGAGUGAAGGUGCCCGGAAUCGUCCGCCUCCGGACCCUGCUGUGCAAAGUCUUUGGGGUGCUGUUCAGUGUGGCUGGAGGGCUCUUUGUGGGGAAGGAAGGCCCCAUGAUCCACAGUGGCGCGGUGGUGGGAGCUGGCCUGCCGCAGUGCCAGAGCAUCUCCUUACGGAAGAUCCAGUUUAACUUCCCCUAUUUCCGAAGCGACAGAGACAAGCGGGACUUUGUAUCGGCAGGGGCAGCUGCCGGAGUCGCUGCGGCUUUUGGGGCUCCCAUCGGGGGUACCUUAUUCAGUCUGGAGGAGGGCUCGUCUUUCUGGAACCAAGGGCUGACGUGGAAAGUGCUCUUUUGUUCCAUGUCUGCCACCUUCACCCUCAACUUCUUUCGUUCUGGGAUCCAGUUUGAAAGUUGGGGUUCCUUCCAGCUCCCUGGACUGCUGAACUUCGGCGAGUUUAAGUGCUCUGACUCUGAUAAAAAAUGUCAUCUCUGGACAGCUAUGGAUUUGGGUUUCUUCGUCGUGAUGGGGGUCAUUGGGGGCCUCCUGGGAGCCACAUUCAACUGUCUGAACAAGAGGCUUGCAAAGUACCGUAUGCGAAACGUGCACCCGAAACCUAAGCUCGUCAGAGUCCUGGAGAGCCUCCUGGUGUCCCUGGUCACCACCGUGGCGGUGUUCGUGGCCUCCAUGGUGUUGGGAGAAUGCAGGCCAAUGUCGUCUUCGAGUCAAAUCGGUAAUGGCUCAUUCCAGCUCCAGGUCAUAUCGGAAGACGUGAAUUCAAGCAUCAAAACCUUUUUCUGCCCCAAUGACACCUACAAUGACAUGGCCACGCUCUUCUUCAACCCCCAGGAGUCGGCCAUCCUUCAGCUUUUCCACCAGGACGGUACUUUCAGCCCCAUCACUUUGGCCCUGUUCUUCGUCUUCUACUUCUUGCUCGCGUGCUGGACGUACGGCCUUUCUGUCCCAAGUGGCCUUUUUGUGCCUUCUCUGCUGUGUGGAGCUGCUUUUGGACGUUUAGUUGCCAACGUCCUCAAGAGCUACAUUGGAUUGGGCCACAUCUAUUCGGGCACCUUUGCCCUGAUCGGUGCCGCAGCCUUCCUGGGCGGGGUCGUCCGGAUGACUAUCAGCCUCACGGUCAUCCUGAUCGAGUCCACCAACGAGAUCACGUACGGGCUUCCCAUCAUGAUCACCCUGAUGGUGGCCAAAUGGACGGGGGACCUUUUCAAUAAGGGCAUCUAUGACAUCCACGUGGGCCUGCGAGGCGUGCCGCUUCUGGAAUGGGAGACAGAGGUGGAGAUGGACAAACUGAGAGCCAGUGACAUCAUGGAGCCCAACCUGACCUACGUGUACCCGCACACCCGCAUCCAGUCCCUGGUCAGCAUCCUGCGCACCACAGUCCACCACGCCUUCCCCGUGGUCACUGAGAACCGCGGCAACGAGAAGGAGUUCAUGAAGGGCAACCAGCUCAUCAGCAACAACAUCAAGUUCAAGAAGUCCAGCAUCCUCACGCGGGCGGGUGAGCAGCGCAGACGCAGCCAGUCCAUGAAGUCCUACCCGUCGAGCGAGCUGCGGAACAUGUGUGACGAGCACGUCGCCUCCGAGGAGCCAGCCGAGAAGGAGGACCUGCUGCAGCAGAUGCUGGAGCGCAGAUACACUCCCUACCCCAACCUGUACCCCGACCAGUCCCCGAGUGAAGACUGGACCAUGGAGGAGCGCUUCCGCCCGCUCACCUUCCACGGCCUGAUCCUGCGCUCGCAGCUCGUCACGCUGCUCGUCCGGGGCGUCUGCUACUCUGAGAGUCAGUCGAGCGCCAGCCAGCCUCGCCUGUCCUACGCCGAGAUGGCCGAGGAUUACCCUCGCUACCCUGACAUCCACGACCUGGACCUGACCCUGCUGAACCCCAGGAUGAUCGUGGAUGUCACCCCAUAUAUGAACCCUUCGCCCUUCACUGUCUCACCCAACACCCACGUCUCCCAAGUUUUCAACCUGUUCAGAACCAUGGGCCUGCGGCACUUGCCGGUGGUGAACGCAGUGGGCGAGAUCGUUGGCAUCAUCACACGACACAACCUGACCACCGAGUUCCUGCAGGCCCGGCUGCGACAGCACUACCAGACCCUCUGAGGCUGCCUCACUGCCACACGCCAGCCCACCCACCCCUGGAGCUGCCAGGGUGGGCGGCUUGCCCUGUUCUGCCCCCACGGCUGGGGCUGUUCUGGGCACUCAAGAUUUCCAGCUGCCCCCUCGCUCAGAAAGCCUGCAGUCCCUGAGCGCGCUGCUCUGAGGCCUGGGACAGCGUGGGCCCGUCAUCAGUUUGGGCUUGUCUGACUCUCAGCAAGUGUCAUCCCCUUUCCUGCCCCCACGUCCCUACCAUCCAGUGUUGGCACAGGCCCCUCCCCUGACACGCCAGGACCAGAGGGGAAGUCAGCUCACCCCAGGAGGGUGACCCCAGAGCAGUUUUCCUACCCGCUUUGCUGCUUCCUCGGGACCCAGCUGUUGCCUUAAACCAUGACGGCCGUGGCUCUGGCCCGUUCCGACACUCGGGGGCCAGUUCCAAAGUCAGUGAAUGUCUCAACUUAGGAAUUGGCACCCAGAAACCUGUCCAGUCUUUGAGGUUCUCACUCGACAUCUCUGGCAAUGGAUUUUAGGGAGGUUUCUCCUGGAUGUGAGCUGGCACCCUGGGCUCCCCACGUCAUUUGAGUCUCCUUAAAACCACACCCUCCAGAAGCACAAAGCACCCAAGCCCCAUGGCCAGCUCUAAACCACAGGCCUAGCACCGGGGCAGGUGGAUGCCUGUCCUAACCUUUGACCCUGAAGCUUGCUCGCCUUCCCCCACUCAAGGCCACCCCUCGCGCUGCCCGGCUCGCCCUCUCCGUUGAAUUCCUAAACCUUCUUAAGUUUGACCUCUGUCUUCCCAGGGAAGCAGCCACAGCCCAGAGGACCUUGGCUUUACCCUCUAAGUCAACUAAAAGCAGGGCACCCCUAGAUAGAACUGCUUCGCUUGACUCGGGGAACGGUACGGGCAUUUAUGAUGGAAAGGGGGCUCCUAAAAGGUACGUGAUGUGGCUUGAAAAGCAUGUGCCUUGGUAAAGCAGGUGGCUCAUUUGAGGAAGAAGAAGAGGUGUCUGCCCUUCACAGGCAUCCCCACCACCCCCUGCCCCCGCCGCUGCUGGCCAGCCCCAGCCUGUGGGCGUGCUGGCCCCUGGGGUGCUCAGAAUGGGGGCUUCAGGCAGGUCUGCAGUGCUGCGGGGGCUGUGCUGGGGAGGGGAAGAUGCUUCCUGCCAGCGCAUGCUCUGAGGUUCUAGCAUUAAACACUGGGAGUCUCCCUCUGUCUUUCAGUGACUCAGUUUCCCUCCAGGCUGCUUGGUCUCUCCCCGCCCCCAGUAGGCUCCCUUGGGCAUCAGACAUUUCCCUUCUUUUCUUGCCCUCUGUGUGCACUGUGGCUUGUCAGCAUCUGGACACAGCCGCAGCCCUGCGGAGGGGCUUCGGGACCCAGGGGUGGUCAUUCACGCCAGGUGGUUUUUAUCAUGGAAGGGGCCUGAGGGGUCCUGUCCCUGAGGCACCUCUUUCCUCCCCUCUGCGGGGCCUGGGGUGUCAGGGCAUGCUGGGGCUUGGGGAGGGGGGCUCUGCACCCUUUCCACCUUAUUAUUCUUAUCAUCUUGAUCAAAAUUACUUUGAAUUCUAAAUGUCUCAGCAUCUCGGAAGCACUUACAUGCAAAAUGUGUAUGAAACAAUAAAUAGCUAGGAAAAUCCCAAGGACCAAAAAUGUUGCGACAGGAGCUUUGUCGCCUCUUUGCAGCACAACGCAGUGAGGGACACAGCAGUCGUGGAGCAGGUUGGCAAGGCCAGACUCUGCUUCUUGAGCAGAGAAGUUCUUGUGCCAUUGGUUGAAAGCACCCAGGCUGGUAAAGCUGACCGUGCGACAGUGGUAGGAGUACGGGCCGGAGGGUGGGAUAGGAAUGGGGGACAAGUUUUACAAGGGACAGGGAAGGGGACAUCACGACCCUCCAUCAAGAGCCAUUUGCGUCAGCAAAGUAUUUGAUGUUACCACAGGCAGAGCAUCCCAAGAUCACCGCGGAGACAGUCCCAUAAUCAGGUCAGCAGCGGCCUUGACGUCCCCGGGCUGCCGCCUGAUACGGGCUCUGCUCCGUAGGAGGUCUAGGAACGCUCUGCUGUGAUGUGUAGAUAGCAGAUAGGUCACAGUUGCCCAUGAGUGGCCAGCUAGUAGCCAGCUCAUGGGAACCCACACAAAAAGGCAAGCCCUGCCCCUCACUGUCCCUCCCUGUGUUUCUGUCCCUUUUCCUCCCCUGCGUCUCGCUGUGCGCAUCUCCCUUGCCUCUUAGUUUUAAGGCUGCGCUCAAAACUGGGCCACGUUGUUUCUUCCUUUUAUUAAGAAGGGGACCAAUGGCUGAAGCAUCAGAGAUGCUGAAUCCCCUCUUCCCGCCCUCCUGAGCUGCAGAACCAGAGGCCCAUGGGGUAGCUCCCCCCAAGGACCGCAGCCUCUGGGGUAGGUUCACCAGCCGCUGACUUCAGGCCUGCGUUGGGGAACGUGGCUGGAAUCCCUCCCUCCUGCACAUCCUGUUGUGUUUUGGUCACCAGAUCCUUGGCUUCCCUCGCCCCGGCAACAGUGGAAUGCAACCGCCUCCCUCCCCUGACCCAACUGGAGGCCAGGGAGGACCCAGGCCCCAGGAAAGGACAUUUCCUGUCCUCUGUUGGCCUCUGCCCUUUCCAGAUCAGCCCAAAGACAGCCGUUAGAGCAAAACCACUGGCAGCUUUGCGCCUUUGAUUUUCAUUAGAGACUGGCAUUUCCAACACCUCACCUCCAGCCUCCCCUUGCCACCUGGUGACAUGCACCCCAUAGAUAAAACUCACAGAGGGGGCUCCGGGGCUGGCUAAGGGGGUUCCUGUGUUUCGUCUUCAGCCUGGCAUUCAUGGUGGUGAUUGGGGGUGGGGCGCAGGGUCCUGUCCUGACUGGGCCCUUUGUGCCCUGGGGCUGAUUUGCUCACGAUCAUGUUGAACUAAGGUUCCUGGCUUGAAUGGAGCUUGCUCGACCCCCGGCAUCCCCUGCACGGGAGUGCUACUCUCAUGACCCUGGGGGUCUGUAUGCACCCGGGGGUCUCAGUGUUGCCCCAGCGGCCCCUGUGGACUCGCUGCUCAUUCACAGCAGCAGCUUCCCCCUCCUGUUUGCACUGUUUGUUUCUACAGUAAUGUUAGCUAAUUCCACCGUGUAUAUAAAUUGUAUUUUUUUUAAUUUGUAUAAUUCUAUUUUUAUUUGAACUUUUGGAACUCGGAGGUUCUCGUAACCAUAACAUGUCAGAAUAAAAUGUCGUCACGUCUCCUCUAGCCCUUUGUCUCUGCCGCUUUAGUGCAUACUGGACUUUUAUUUUACUGCCUCUUUUUCUAAUAUGGAAAACUUGCAAAGCUUGAGGGUAGCUUUAUAGCCUUGUUUCUCCUUCCACACCUCUCCCAGAGGAACACUUCCCAGGGCCACUCUCCACCUUCGUGAUCGGAACCAAUUCAGCCCUGUGAGUCUUAGCAAAACCCACAGAAUCACACCCUCCUGUUUCUGCCUUCAAAUGGACACUGGGAGACUUGUUUACUGAUCUCCCUCCUCCCGCGAGCGCCGCCCAUGUCGGCUGCUGCUCCCCACACCAGCUGGACAGUCAUCCGUUUGUGCUCCCGGCAGUGUCGUGCUGGGAGCUGGCCC